CUCAAUUUUUGCCUUUUUUAUCGUCAGUAUUUAUAGUGCCUGCUUGUUAUUCCUGUUUUAGUGCUUCGUGUACUUUGUUAGUCAAGCACUCUGGUGACUGUAUGUGGUUUAAUUGGAAAUGUUCAAGUGUGAGCAAAUGUGUCUACUUUGUGUGCUCCAGUGUUUGUGUGUGUUGGUGUACAUAUUCUGAGUGCGUGUACAUGGUUGUGCGUAUGGACAUGUGUUUGAAUCUGUGAAAAUGUGUUUAAGAUUAUGUGUGAAGGAGGAUAUGUUUGUUAUGCGUGCAUAAAUGUGUAUGUGUGCUUGAUUAUGUGUAUGUCUGUGCGUGUUUACGGUAUAAUUUAAUGGGCAAUUGUGUGUGAAUUGUGUGUGUGAGAAUGUGUGUGUGCGGAGUGUGCACCCAGUGUGUAUUUCAGUAUGUGAUGGUUGGUGUGUUUGCGUGAAUCUAUUAAUGCGUGUCACUUGUGCAGUCUCUUAUUUCUAUAUGAAUGUGUGUGAUUAUAUCAGUCUGUUUCAGCAUAUGUGUUUUCUUUGAAGGUGUAAAUGUAUUUUGUGCAUAUGUAACCGAGGAGUGCAUGGCACUGUGAAAAUGUGGAGUGGCUGCGUGUGUGUGUGUAUUUGAGUGUGUUGGGAGCGUGAUCGAGUAGCUGUAUAUUAGUGAAUAUUUUGUGUUUGUGUGUGUUUCUGAACGUGUGUUAGUGUGAGUGUGUUAGCGUGUGAGUGUGUGUUAGUGUGUGCAUGAGUGUUAGUGUGUCUGUGUGAGAGUGCUAGUUUGUAUGUGUUAGUGUGUGCAUGUGUGUGUGUGUGCGUAUGUGAGAGUUAGUGGGUGUGAGAGUGUCUUUGGUCCGCGAUUUAAACGCGAGGCUUUUAGGAGAGUCACACACCGCAGGGAUUUUGUGCCUGAUAAUUCUAUUCACCAGAAUCUACCAACUAAACUUGGAAUAAUGGGUAAAACUAAGUCUUUCCAACUGUGAAUGGGAGUGUUAGUGUGUGUGAUAGUGUUAGUGUGAGUGUUAAUGUGUGAGAGAGAGUGUAGUGUGUAUGCCGGUGGGUGUGGAUGUGAUGCCUUUGGCUUUGACUAUAUGUGUGUGUAGCAGCGUUGCCUGUGUGAUCUGCCCGCCUUGCUAACCAGGUUAAACUGAUGCAAUUUGUAUCUUCGGUUGCAAUCGUUCAGGUUUGAGCCGGCGUGGGUUUCAUUCCCUUUGCACGGAUUGAACAGCGCGCUGCAGCAGGCGCUGCCCCACCGGCCCACUGAGCAUACCGGUUCAUUUGUCAUCACUUGUCAAGUUAGAGGAGUCGAGACAAACCUCCAGUCAACACCAGCGCUGAAGCAGGAUGAAGGUGAUACAAUAUUUCAAGCGUGCACUUCACCGACUGCAGAAUGGGCCGGGCUACACUUACACCGAACUCCUGGUCUGGUACUGCGAGAACACCAACACGCAUGGACCAAAACGAAUUGUGACUGAGGGUCCCAAGAAGCGGGCUGUGUGGUUCGUGCUUACUUUGGCCUUCACAGGCCUGGUGUGUUGGCAGUGGGGAAUCCUGAUCCAGAGAUACCUGGCCUGGGAUGUCAAGGUCAGCCUACGGACUGGCUUCAAGGCGAUGGAUUUCCCUGCUGUCAGCAUCUGCAACUCCAACCCAUUCAGGUACACAAAGACAAAGCAGCUGCUUCAUCACCUGGAUCGGUUCACCAAACUUGCACUGGAGCGUAUUUCUGUUUAUAGUCAGAAUGGAACGGUUCCCGGUGAGCUGCCCAUAUUGGAGACACACUGGAGCCCUGUGGCAUCACUAGUUAUCAUCGAGACCAACGACCAAGGAGAAGAGACUGUUCUACAUGUCCUGGGGUCAGGUUCAAAUCAGACCCAGACAGCAACAAGUGACAGGACGCGGACAGUGAGCUACAGGCUGGCAAUGCAACUGUGCAAUGAGAAUAGAUCGAGCUGUCUGUACAGAAACUUCAGCUCAGUGCUGGAGGUGAUGAAUGAGUGGUACUACCUACACUACAUGACCAUCCUGUCAAAAACAUCUCGGUCAGAACGGCAGGCGAUGGGCGAGCAGGCUGAAGAUUUCAUCCUUGCCUGUGUGUUUGGUGGGCAACCUUGCAAUCUUGAUAACUUUACCCAGUUGAUGCAUCCAGUGUAUGGGAACUGUUACAUCUUUAACUGGGGUUCUGAUGGCCAUAUACUGACGUCAUCCAAUCCCGGAGCAGAGUUCGGCCUGAAGAUUGUGUUGGAUAUCGCACAAGAUGAUUACAACCCCUUCCUGCCCUUUGCAGCUGGCGCCAGGCUCAUGCUUCACCAUCCGAACACCUAUCCGUUCCUGCAGGACCUGGGCCUUUAUGCUAGGGCUGGGGCAGAGACAUCCAUUGGAAUAUAUGUGGAUGAAAUAGUGCGUUUGGGUGGUUCGUACUCAUGCUGCACAUUUAAUGGUUCGGAUGUCAAUGUCAAAUCUCUUUUCAAUACCACCUACACCAUGCAGACCUGCCUGCGUUCCUGUUUCCAGGAUCAGAUGGUGCAGAAUUGUGGAUGUGGGCAUCAAAAUGACCCUCUCCCAGAGGGAGCACAAUACUGUAACCAACAGGACAAUCCAAGUUGGGGUUACUGUUAUUACAAACUGAGGGAGCAGAUGGAAGUGGAGCAUUCCAAAUGCUUGAAGAUCUGCAAACAACCCUGCAAUGAGACCCAGUAUAAACUGACCAUCUCUAUGGCAGAUUGGCCAUCGGAAUCUGCAGAGAAUUGGAUUUACUCCAUCUUAUCUUACGAGAGGGAUUUCUCAACUGUUUCCGUAAACAGACCAAGCAUCCUGACAUUAAACCUGUAUUUCCAAGAGAUUAAUUUCAGGACAAUACAAGAGGAUCCAGCUUUGACGAUCGACUGGCUUCCCUCCAAUCUGGGCGGACAGUUUGGGUUCUGGAUGGGCGGCUCGGUCCUGUGCAUCAUUGAGCUGGUGGAGAUCAUGAUCGACUGCCUGUGGAUCACGGUCAUCAAGGGGGUGAAGUGGUGUUCGGAGCGUAGGUCCCGCCGAGCGCGGGGGCACCUUUCCCACCCGCCGCCAACCGUGAGCCAGGCGGUCGAGGAGCAGGUGAACGAUGGGUUCCAGCCGGAGCAGGAAGAAAACCGCGUGGAAAGGCCAUGCGCCCAGGCUGUGCCAGGUACCCCACCUCCACAGUACGACUCUCUCCGCAUCCUUGCAAUCAACCAACAUGUCAACGAUUGGGACUGAGCCGCUAGCGACCGAUGUUUGACCCACGUUCCAUAGACGUUUGUAAUGGAUUUCAAAUGGGGGCAGAAACACUUGCUUGAACCGGGGUGGCAUAAUAGUGCUGUCUCUGCAGACAGUCAUACCAGCUACAUCAGUUAAGAACAUAAUUUGCAUCUUUCAAGAUGCCUUAAAUCUCUUCAGAGGGAAUGGUAUUUAUUCACCUAUUGCGGGAAACACAACGACUGAUUUGCCAAGGGUACACACUCACAAAUCAGCACCCCAAUAUCCAAGCAGAUAGUCCUUUGCAUUGAGGUCCAACUCAAAUACAACUAUGCUACGGACAGGUGCUGCUGAGAAGAUUGAAACUGUAAAUGGGCUUUUUCACGGGGCGACUUGACGCAAGAUGUGACCAGAGUGAAGUGGUCGUGGUCUAGCACGAUAUCACAUGAUAUAACGGGGGGAGUAGACAAAGAGUUCCCACGGUACUCGGCAUUUCUGUUAUUUGUGCGAGUGACUUGUCCGUCUCCUGAGCUUUCCCGUUAAAUCUUGAAUGACAUUGUAAACUGUCAAGUGCAAUUAAAUCAUCACGUGGCACAAAUGAUGCCAUAAUUUAUUUUAUGGCACUUAGAGACAUGAUUCCAACCUCAAACACAGAGGGUGUAAAAGCUGUCUGCGACUUUUUUACUUUGCAGCUGCAGGGCAGACAGACAGACUUAUAAGAUAAGUUUAAGUUAACUGCAAAAACAGCACUUUUACAUCUAGAGCAUUGUAUGUUUUUAAAUCUUGGAUAACAUUAAAUGGUUCUCCUGUUGAUGAACUGAUAUAUCGUUAUAUAUACUCACAUGAGCACCCGGGAUACUCCGCAGCCUUCGUCUCCAGCAGGUUCCGUUUUCUCUCCCUGUUUCUAUAAUCCUCUCUGGAUUUAUCGUAGAGAAUCUCGUUAAAUUGGUACCAUUCUACAAGUUCCCCCUCUUGUUCCCUGGAGACGUUAUAUGGCCUUACCUUCUGCCAUCUUCCCUUUACAUAAGCGUCUGUAGAGGCUAUUCCUACAACAGCUACUGGGGAGGCAAUCUGAAAUCCACCUUGCUCACCCUCUCCCUGCUCCAAGGAGCCCACAGGCAGUGUUAUCUGUGGCAUCUCCUGUUGCCUCUCCACCUGUCUCUUGCUGCGUCUCCUCCUCAUUCUCCUGCAUGGCAAAAACCUUUCUGACAUGCUUUACCCCCUUUCUUUGAGCUUUUCUGGGAGCCAUCUCUGCAAGUGUUCCUGUUAAAAAGAUUCUCCAACAAUGACAAUGAGGUGGGACGUCCUCGAUGGACACAUGUUCCAUUGGCGACAUUGAGAACACCUUUUUUACUCACCUUCUGUCCCCUCUGUCCAGCUUCCGGGUUUACCGUUCGCAGGAGUUCCCACGGUAAACGCAAGAGUUACUACGGAUAUCGCACUGGCCACUACGUUCAUAAAAUGUUGCAAUGCUCAACCACAAGUGUACAAGUCACUCUUGGAGAAAUUCAAGCUUGCUUGAAUUUUCUCCCGAGUACCCAAGUUACACGAUUACCUGCCGUUAUCGCCACGGUGGUCCACGAAUGCCAUACUGUUAUCGCACGAGGUUCCCACGAUGUUAAACUCUUGGUUACCUCUUGCGUCAAGUCGCCCCGUGAAAAAGGGGUUUAAUAGUUAGUCACAGGCACACAGAAAACUAUGAGAAACUAAGCAUCUAAUGUUCUACAAUAUGGGUUUCAAUGAAAUUACUUGCGCUAUGAAAUAAAAAUAUAUUUAUUUUUUGAAAAUGUUU